CCUCCCGCCCCCUCUCUUCCCCUGCGCCUCCCUCUCUCUCUCUCCUUCUCUGUGUGACAAACCAACUAGGUCACUAACUCACAACAACAGCAUGACAGAUCAGAUCUCCACUAUAAUCUUAAGGGUCGACCUUGAUUGCCACCAGUGCUACAAAAAGGUCCGCAAGAUUCUUUGCAGCCUUCAAGAUCAAGAGAGGAUUAGGACGAUCUCCUUUGACACCAACAAUAACGCAGUCAUCAUCGACGGGCCGUUCGAUCCACACAAGCUAUCAUGCAGGAUCAGAUGCAAAGGAGGCAAGGUGAUCAAGGGCAUCCAAAUCAUGGGCGACGGCAAGCCGGAAGAGAUGGCCGGGCCACCGCCGAGCAACAGUCGCAAAAAGAAAUCAAAAUCAAAGGGGAAGGGGAAGGAGUCACCGCCCCCGCCGGCUGAGCAGCCACAAGCAUAUCAUCCUCAGCCACCCACCGAGCAGCCACAGGCAUACUACCCUCAACCGCCCACCGAGCAGCCACCGGCAUACCACCAGCAGCCGCCCACUGAGCAGCCACCGGAAUACCACCCUCAGCAGCCCACCGAGCAGCAACCGGCCUACCACCCUCAGCCGCCCGCUGAGCAGCCACCGGAAUACCACCAUCAGCAGCCCCCUCCGGACAGAGAGGUAUCAGCGACCAUGCCGGCAAUCAGGGAAGAGGAGAGGCCGCAAGAGAGGCCGGCCGAGCUUGAGAAGCCAAAGGAGAUGCAGGUCCAUUUCGUGCCAGAAUCAGGGGCGGAGUGCCACAAGAACCCUAGGGAGAGGAGGUACCCGAUGGGAGAGAUGCCUUCGUGGAACGGGCCGCCGAUGGUGGAGAUCCCCUCGCUGCCGGCGCGACCUGUGGGCCCGUGCCGCUGCACGUGCUGCGCGUCAUGCUACCAGGGGUACUACGGAAGUUGCAGGUGCUCAGACUGCGGCAGGACGUACGGCUACACCGCCGCGGUGGCGCUGCCGCCGCCAGCCGGUUUCUACGGUGGCGCACGCACGCCGUACUGCGGCGGAUACAGCGGCUACCGGGUUAUCUGCGAGGAGGAUCAAGCGGGUGCUUGCACCAUAAUGUGAUAUGUUCACUGUUUCGUGCGCUACAACCAUUGUGCUGCGUUGAUCAUAGGCAAGUUGCAUCUUUUUGCAUGUCUUGAUUACAAAUGAUUCGUGUAUCAUCGCCAACUAUUGAUGCUCUCCCAUUCACAUCAGAUCAUUUCUGAAAAGAAGAGAGAAUCGAUGCCUUCCCUUUUUAUUAAAUAAACUCGUUAUUCUUGUUGAAUAAUGUCUACUUUUCUACAUGGUGCCGUCAAACAACCUAGCACUUUGGCAGAUUCUUGUUCGAUAGUGUCUCCUUUUCAACAUAGUGGUGUGAAACAAUUUUUAGCACUUU